AGCGAAGCAAAAGAAAGACAACAAAAAGGGGAAAGAAAGGGAGGAAACGGAGGAAAAUAAAGGCAAAUCGAGCGAAUUCUUGUUCUUUUAAGGUCUAGUCAGUUACUUUUUCCUUCGUUACAAGUUAGGUAAUUGUGGUGCUGUGUUUUGCCUGCAUUUUACAUCAGUUCCCGGUGUUCGUUUGUACUGUUAGUUUUGCCCAGUGAUCAUUUCGAUAUUUAAGCGUGUCUGCAGGAAAGAAAAAUGAGUGAUAUUGCGAAGCAUCUCUGCGGCACCGAUGACUGCGAAAAGUCCGCCACCCUACAGUGCCCGGUGUGCCUGAAGAUGGGUAUCCAAGGGUCGUACUUUUGUAGUCAAGAUUGUUUCAAAGGUUCCUGGAAGGAGCAUAAAAUUAUUCAUCUGCUUGCGAAGGGAAAGGAAACGAAUGCGUACAAUCCGUGGCCUUACUACACGUUUACCGGCAAGCUGAGACCGUUCGAACAGACUCCGCGGCGCCCCGUACCGGCAUCCAUCCCAAGACCGGACUAUGCCGAUCACAAGGAAGGCCGAUCUAAGUCGGAAGAGGCACUGCGGGGGAAUAAUACGAUCAAAAUAUUGGACGACGAAGAGAUCGAGGGUAUGCGGGUGGCCUGCAAGCUCGGUCGCGAGGUUUUGGACGAAGCGGCACGCGUCUGUGGUGUCGGUGUGACGACGGAUGAAAUCGAUCGGGCCGUACAUGAGGCAUGCAUUGAGCGUGAAUGCUAUCCGAGCCCGAUGAACUACUAUAACUUCCCGAAGUCUUGCUGCACUUCGGUGAAUGAGGUGAUUUGUCACGGAAUACCGGAUCUGCGUCCGCUGGAGGAUGGCGAUCUGUGCAAUGUGGAUGUAACGGUGUACCAUCGUGGGUUUCACGGUGAUUUGAACGAAACGUUUUUCGUUGGCAAUGUGAAGGAGCAGCACAAAAAGCUGGUACAAGUUACCCACGAGGCGUUGAUGAAAGCGAUCGCAAUCGUAAAGCCCGGCGAACGUUAUCGUGAGAUCGGAAACGUAAUACAGAAGCAUGUGCAUGCACAUGGAUACAGCGUUGUAAAGAGCUAUUGUGGACAUGGCAUUCAUAGAUUGUUCCAUACCGCGCCGAAUGUACCUCAUUAUGCCAAAAAUUCUGCUGUUGGCGUUAUGAAACCAGGCCACUGCUUCACCAUCGAGCCGAUGAUAUCGGAAGGAACUUGGCGAGAUGUAUCUUGGCCAGAUGACUGGACUGCAGUUACUGCUGACGGUAUGUUUUCGGCUCAGUUUGAGCACACGCUGCUCGUCACAGAGUCCGGUUGCGACAUUUUAACGAAGCGAAGAAAUGAAACCGGCAAUCCACACUUUAUGGACCAAAUGUAGAAUGGAACUGGCGAAAGGACA